AUGGAAGACGGUAUUGUUGAUGAUCAAGAGUGGCAAGAAGAAGUUGUUGUCCUACGCUCUGGUAUUGAAAGAUUAACUUCUAUGGUUCAAGACUUGGUGGCUGCUCAGAAUCAGCCAUCAACCCAAGCUCAGACUACUGUGAUCUCCGAGAUAGAGAUUGCUCAGAUUCUAGCAAUUCCUGUGAUGAAUCCUACGACCACUAGACCAUAUGGGAUAGAUAUGGAUUUCCAAUUGGAUAAACAACAGAUUCAUGUUCCACAAACAACAAUUCCUCAAGCUAUUAUGACUUCUACUCUUAUUGUUGUAAACACUGUUCCUAUUCACAACAAACAGAUAUUCCAUGGUGCUCCUUCUGAAGGUAUGGGUAGAUUGGAAGAAUUGGAAGACCAAUUUUUGGAAAUGCAAAAAGAGAUCAAGGCCCUUAGAGGAAAAGAUCUAUUUGGGAAAAAAGUAAAUGAUUUAUGCUUGGUUCCGAAUGUCAGAGUUCCGGCCAUGUUUAGACUCCCAGAAUUUGAGAAGUACAAAGGGAAUUCUUGUCCUCACAGUCAUCUGAUCAUGUAUGUAAGGAAAAUGUCCAUGCACACGGAAGAUCAACGCUUGUUAAUUCACUACUUUCAAGAUAGCUUAUUUGGAGCUUCUUUGAAAUGGUACAUGGGUCUGGAUAGUACUCACAUCCGUACUUUCCAUGACUUGGGAGAAGCUUUCAUCAGACAGUACAAAUACAACAUUGAUAUGGCACCAGACAGAGAUCAACUCCGUGCUAUGUCCCAAAGAGAGAAAGAGUCUUUCAAAGAGUACAUGCAAAGAUGGCGUGAACUAGCUUCUCAAAUCAUUCCUCCCAUGGAAGAAAAAGAAAUUACCAAGGUGUUCCUUAAGACACUAAGCACGUUUUAUUACGAGAAGAUGGUAGCAAGCGCUCCCGAUGACUUCACUGAAAUGGUAAACAUGGGGUUGUGGCUUGAAGAAGGUAUCCGAGAAUGUCACCUAAUCAUAGAAGCCAGUUCAUCACUAUCCAAUGGUGGCGUCAAAAGAUUUGGUAGUAACUUUGCCAAGAAGAAGGAAGAAACUAUUAGUGCCAUCUCAAGAGGAAGAAAAAGACGGUAUCAACCACAAAAAAUUGUUGUUGUAACUCCAGUUUUUAGCCAAGCUUCGCAUGUGCAGAAGCCUCAGCCUCAACAACAGGAUCCUCAACAAAAUCAACAAUGGAAAUAUCCGCCUUUUGAUCCUAUUUCGAUAACUUAUACAGAAUUACUGCCUUUGCUACUUCAGUAG